CUCGGGUAUAAUUUUCUUCGCAGUUCUCCAUGGUACUUCAUAGCGGGUGACGUGCUGAGAAUACAUCACGAGUCUGGAUAUUUUGUGCCUCCUCAUAACCUACCAAUACCGUUGCAACCAUGGGUAAAGCCAGACGCAACAGAGUGCGGGCAAAUCGCGCUGAUCCGAUCGCGAAGCCCGUCAAGCCACCGUCGGAUCCGGAGCUCGCCAAGCUCCGUGAGAGCAAGAUCUUGCCGGUGUUGAAGGACCUCAAAUCACCCGACCCGAAGUCCAGGACAGCAGCUGCUGGCGCCAUAGCCAACAUCGUCCAGGACGCCAAAUGCAGGAAGCUCCUCCUUCGGGAACAGGUCGUCCAUGUCGUGCUCACCGAAACGCUUACCGACAACAGCAUCGACAGCCGCUCAGCAGGCUGGGAGAUUUUGAAGGUCCUGGCCCAGGAGGAGGAGGCAGACUUUUGCGUACACUUGUACAGGCUUGAUGUUCUGACCGCGAUUGAGCAUGCUGCUACGACGAUUCUUGAAACCCUCACGGCAACCGAGCCGGCUUUUUCCAAGCUGCUGAAGGCUCAGCAGCGUCUAGUAUGGGACAUCACAGGCUCCUUGCUCACGCUCCUCAAUCUUUUAGCACUGGCUCGGGAAGAGAUCUUGAACGCCAUAGUUGCAAACCACACCGCACUGCGGCUCCUAUUUCGAUUGGCGUCGACAGACGUAGCGCCUCAGGAAGUGUAUGAGGAAGCCCUCUCCUGUCUCAUGACAUUAUCAGAGGACAGCCUCCAGCUGGGACAAGCCAUGACGAAUGACCAGGAGACACGAUGCUACGACGCCCUCCUGAAACUCUCAACAGGAACUGGCCCGAGAGCUGUGCUCUCCUGCGGUGUCCUCCAUAAUGUCUUCAUAUCACUGCAAUGGCUCGACUACAGCCCUGGAAAGGACGGCGCGUGUGAUGCGGUCCUCAUUGCUAGCCUGGCGCGCGCCCUGGAACAAGUCACGCCAAAUGGCACAACCGCCAACGGCAGCUCCAGCCAUGCUGGGGUUGCGCAAGUCGCUCUGGAAAUACUGGCAUCCAUCGGGACGGACUUCCAGCAAACGCUCGAGAAGGGCAACCGUGCACCGGCUGAACCUUCCAAGGCUGACGAGUGGAAUGGCUUCGAGGACGCAGACGCAAUGGACGUCGAUCAAGGAUCCGAUGCGGACGCCGAAGGGGGGAAGGCAAGGGAGGAUGACGAUGCCGAAGGGGAAGCGGACGACGACUCGAUCGAUUCGGACAUUGAAUCCGAUAUGGACCGCGUCACGGGUGGAGAGGGCUCGGGCGCGGGCGAUCUCGAGGACCUACCAACCCUGCGCGAACUCAUCCAACACGCUGUGCCACAACUCACCCGGCUAUCCAAUAUCCCAGUCGAUAGCGAGGAGACGCUGAGUAUCCAGUCUCGUUCCUUAUCCGCGCUCAACAACCUCGCCUGGACCAUAUCAUGCCUCGAAUUCGCCAACGGCGAAAACGCUAACAUCCACGGCGCCUGGUACCCCGUCGCCAAGAAGAUCUGGCGCAAGACGGUAGCACCCAUCCUCGAGGCCGACAGCGCAGACCUGAAGCUCGCGACACAGGUGACCAGCCUCGCCUGGGCUGUCGCCCGCACCCUGAACGGCGAGACCCCCACAGACGGUGCGCCGCACCGGAAAUUCAUAUCCCUGUACCUCGCCUCCAAGGGGCAGGCUCAGCAACAACCCGAAGCGAAUGAGGAAGAUACCGAAGCACGCGAUCCUUUCCAGGGCCUCGGCGUCAAGUGCAUCGGCGUGCUAGGCUCAUUAGCGCGGGACCCGGCGCCGCUCGAGGUGAACCGCGAGGUGGGCGUAUUUCUGAUGACGCUUCUCAGCGGCGAGGGUGCGUCUCAAGCACCGGCGGCGGAUAUCAUCGAGGCCCUGAACCAGCUGUUUGACAUAUACGGGGAUGAGGAGGUGCCAUGCGACAAGGAGGUGUUCUGGAAACACGACUUUCUGAAGCACCUCGAGGAGUUUGUGCCCAAGAUGAAGGCUUUGGCAAAGGGGAUCGAUAAGAGGACGCAGGGCGAGCUGAGAACGAGGGCGGAUGAGGCGCUGUUGAAUCUGGGCAGGUUUGUACAGUAUAAGAAGAAGCACGCACCAAGAUGAGGUGUUUUGGCGGAUAACGCGAGAACUUCGGCGAAGAGCAAGGUGUCAUCGCCUCCCGAACCAGGCGCAUGCAAACUUACCGUAUACUUUCGAUAUGCGUGCUUGUUCUUGUCAGCCCCCUCAUUACGUACCAGGUCGAAGGCGCCUGCUGGGUGG